CUUACACUGAUUCCUAAUUCUUGGUCAGUACGGAAGGCUUCAAACAUAUUUCAAGUACCUGUUUGCAUGGUCAGGAAGGCAAGAGAAAUAAAAGAAGAGAAAGGGAUUCUUGGUAUGCCAGACAAAGUGACUGGCAAGAAAAUUAAAGAGGUGUUUUUAAAUGCUGUUCAAUCUUUUUAUUGCAGCGAUGAAAACAGCCGACAACUUCCAGGAAAGAAAGAUUUUGUGAGCCUUGGACAAAAAAGACAUAUGCAAAAGCGACUUCUUUUAUGCAACAUAAAAGAGCUAUAUUCCUUGUUCAAGGCUGAUAAUCCUGCUUUCUGUAUUGGGUUUUCCAAGUUUGCAAGCUUAAGACCAAAAUGGUGCAUCCCAGUUGGUCCCAAGGGGACACAUUCUGUGUGUGUCUGCACUUCUCAUCAGAAUCUGAAGCUUCUUCUUGAUGCUGCAAAUUUAGGACACCAGUACCAUGACCUGAUUGAUAUGGUAGUCUGUGACAGUACUUCCAGAGGAUGCAUGAUUCACAGAUGUGCACGAUGUCCUGGAAUUGAAAAUGUUGAAGAUUGCUUACGCAAUAUCUUCACAGAAUCAACAACAUUUGGAGAAGGCAAGGAGGUUGAAGAUGAAGAUGAUUUUACUGAAGUCACUUUUCAUCAGUGGAGAUCUUUGGACAGAGCUGAACUGGUUUCCCAAACUCUCCCAGUUCCUGAUUUUAUUGAUAAGUUGUGUUGCCAGCUAGAUCAAAUAACCAGCCAUUCGUUUAUUGCAAAGUCGCAAGCUUCUUAUUUGAAGAGGUUAGAAGAAACUUCGAAUAAGGACGAAGUUAUUGUUUUACUGGACUUUGCAGAAAACUUUAAAUUUGUGAUCCAAGAUGAGUGAGGUCCAGGGCUAUCACUGGAACCAGAAGCAAUGCAAAUUACAUCCGGUAGUCAUUUACUACAAAGAAAAUGAUGGAGUCAUUGGAUCAACAUCAUUAUGCUUUUUAUCCGAUGACCUGGAACAUGAUGUGCAUUUCGUAUAUAAUGUGUUGAAAGCCACUGCACAUCAUAUCAGGGAAAUGAUAUCAAUGGACAUAAAGGUUGUCCAUUACUUUUCUGAUGGUUGUGCAGGCCAGUAUAAGAACUGCAAGAAUUUUUUAAACUUGUGCCACCAUAAGGAAGACUUUACAAUUAGUUGUGAGUGGAAUUUCUUCGCCACCAGCCAUGGUAAAUCCCCAUGUGAUGGGAUUGGAGGUACAGUUAAGCGUUUAGCUGCUCAAGUCAGCCUGCAACGACCAAUGAAAAACCAAAUUUUUUCUGUUGAGGCAUUAUUUCAAUUUUGUAAAACAGAAGUCAAAGGAAUCAACUUCUAUUACAUUACAAAGGAGGAAAACAACUUGACAAGAAAAGAUCUUGAGAAACGCCUGACAGCUGCAAAAACGAUUCCAGGAACUAGGGGGUUCCAUCAAUUUGUACCGCAAUCCAAAGCAUUGAUUGGAGCAAAAACAAUAUCAGAAACCCCUGAAUUUGAUGUCAAGUUUGAUUUCAAUCUAGCUGUCAUUGAACCUCAUGACGAUAUUUAAAUCGGGGAUUAUCUUGUGUGCAGGUAUGAUACACAUUGCUGGGUUGGAGUGACUAUUGAAGUCAGUAGUGAGAAUAAAGAUGUUGCCAUAUAAUUUUUGCAUCCACACUUGCCAUGUGUAUCAUUUAUGUGGCCAAGGCGUGAUGACGUAUGUUGGGUGCCAACAUCAAACAUUCUGAAAAAGGUACAACCACCAAAACCAUCAACGAUGACUGGAAGGCAAUACACCUUUGAACCAAAAGAUGCUCUUGAAAUAGAACUGUAGACAAUAUGUAUAUAAUUGAGCAUUUUGUAGAUUUUAAUGUACAUAAUUUGUCAAAUAAUUGAAAGUUUGUUGCAUUGAUAUCAAUUGACACUCAGUGAAUAUGACCUUUUUGAAUCAUAUAUCUGUAAGAUGUUGAAGUCAGAGCUUUAAAAGAUGCACAACACUGUUUUCUUUAGAUUUACUGAACACUCUUUGCUUAAAAGAGAGAGAAUAUCUUACUUCGAUUGUUGCAUGAAAAUGCUAAUUUUGGGCAAUUUUUAACAUGCCAUAUUUCAAUAAAGGAAGAAAACACCCUAACAGUUUCUUCUAUCUUGCUUGUUCCUUUAGUACUCUAAUCAAAUUUAAAAAUCAAAUCAUUCCAACUUAAGCAACAUGAUGAAAUUCAUGCCAUUAUCUUCACCGGCCGUUGCCAUGGCAACAACUUCCCCUUCUUUUUCUAUAUUUAGAAUGACUUUUGUUUGUGACUGGAAAUUUUUGAUCAUGUUUUUGACAUCUACAUAGUUGAUUAGCUUGUCUGGUUUAUUUUCAUUUUAAAUGUAUCAUUUCUUCAUUGGUUCUAAUUUAAGUAAAUAAUAGCAAAAAUUCAAAGUGGCAGAUCAUUGAAAAAUGUGCCAAAAUUAUUAAAAUUUCAAACCCGUCUAACUUUUUAAUAGUAAAAGAUAUGAAGAUGAAAUUUUCAGUUUAUGUUUAUGUCAUGGUUUUCAACAUGUCCACCAAAAAUCAUCCAAAUCUGAGGUGGUGGGUUAAAAAAUUACAAUUUUUGUUUCAUUCUGAGAUGGAAUGACCCCAAGGCUAAUCUUAAUUGCGAAGUCAUUUUCAUCAUUUUCAUCAUCAUCAUUAUUGCCACGUUUGUCAUUUCUGGAGCAAUUUUUUUCUGCAUUGUGCUCUCCGAAAAUUGAUGAUGUAGCAAGACGAAAUGUUUCAUUUUUUGGGUGGGCAUUGCAAAUCAAACAGUAAUUUACAUGUCCUGUACAAAUGUUAUGGAAAGCAUGCCAACAACCUUCAAGUGAACAGCAUGGUAAAUUCACCCUACAUUGCUGUUAUGAUGGACGACACAAGUGAUUCAAGCAAUGUUGAGCAGUCAGCAAUUUCAGUUAGACUUGUUGAUAAUAGUAAUGUAGAAGAACAUAGGCUUGGUCUGGUUGAUGUCUCCAAAGAUACAUCAGCAGAUGGUUUAACUAAAAUUCUCCUGGACACCCUAAGCUCAUUCAAUUUUACCUCAAAAACAUGAGCAGAGAAGCUUAAAGGACAGUCCUAUGAAGGGACUGUAGUAAUGAGUGGCCGGUUCAGCAGGGUGCAAAGACAAAUGUAGGACAAGUUUCCAUCCAUAUAUCAUCAGAACUGCAUAGUUAUAAUAUGCACUGGCACAGAAUGGCACUCUGCGCAUCUAAAACUGCAGGUAAAAUCCCCAAGAUCGCAGAAUUUUUCAGCACAGUUGACAAAUUGAUAACUUUUUUUAUAUCUAGCCAAAAACGAACAUUGGUUCUUGGGCACUGCUUGCCAAAACCAGGAAAAACAAGAUGGCUUUCUUGCGAUACUGCAGUGACAAUAAUAGAUGUAUGGUAUGAGACAAUCGGCACUGCUUUAUAUGAGUUUUCAACUGAUACCACCCAGAAAGCUGAAAACCAGGCUAAUGCAAGGCGCCUUUGCAAACAGAUUCAAGAAAUUGAUUUCAUCUUUUUACUGAAACUGUACAGAAAAUUAUUUCAUCACUGUACACCAAUCAUAAAAUUAAUGCAAAAUCCAUCUUUUGACGCUAUCCAACUUGCUUCUAUGCUUGACCACUACCAGCAGGUCCUACAGUUGUAUGACUCGAGUCAGACAUGGGCAGAUGCAUUAAGCAUGGAUCCAUCUCUGCCAUAUAUUCGCACUAGAGGAGAUUGGAGGGGAGUAGAGCAAAAAAUGGAUAGUUUGGAGAGCUGGCGGCAAUCUCUGCAGAAAGUUGCUGCAAACCUUACGCAAGAAUGUUCAAAGCAGAUUCAAUGGAGGUUUGAAAAUCUAAAAAAGUUCAAGUGGGAAUCGAUCUUGUUCAUCCAGUUAAAUUUAACCAGCACAGGAUGGCUACUGUCAACGACAAAAGGGCCCUAAUUAGCGAAUUAAAAGAGUUAUAUCCAUUUGUUGUACCUGAUACAGUGGAUCUUGCUAAAAACAGAAGAUAUCAGGUAAGACAAAGACAAAGAGUUCAGGGGUAUGGACAAAAUGAGUGAUUAUAGUUCACAAAAUUCAAACAUUGCAACAAUUGAUGUGAUUGAAUGUUUCAGUUAAUGAUUUGAUUAAAUAAACUGCUUAUAUUAUUGAUCGUAUUUUUGAAGUUAACUUUUAAAAUUAUUAUUUAUUGAAGGAAAAUUUUAUUCCCAAAGUUAGAGAGGGAUAUGAUGUCUGAGCGAUGACAUCGAAUUGUUUGAUUGACAUUUAGAUGUUUAAAUGAUAUUGAUAGUAGUAUGAGUUAGCAUGCAACAGAGAUAGAUCACAAAUAUAGAAAAGGUAAUUUUCUUGGAUUUCUCUACAUCAUGGGUCUCAGCCCCUCACUCAAAGACACUAUCAAUAUUAUGCUGGUAAUUGUGUUUUCUAGGAGUGACCGGUAAAUCUAGUAAUUCUGCUUCAGGCAUUACCCAAAAAGAUAUAGUCUGCUUGAUGCAACUUUUGUAGUGUUUUAAUCCAGAGGACUGCUACUGUUUGGCCAAUUCAUGCUGACGUUCUCGGAUUUGGGAGGGAUUUAAAUUAAUUAUCACUGUGCCUUAACAAAAGUUGCAAAAUAUAAACACCAAAAAGGUAAUUGAAUGACUGCAUUUGACUUUGUAUCCCAAUUAUUCUACAUCAGAUUUAAAGGGUCUCCAGUCAAACAAAAUUUUCUAUUGACUAAAAAGUUAAUAUCUGGUGCUUGUAUUAUGUCUAUGUAGUUGUUUUUGCAAAAUUCCAAUUGAUUUAUAAGUUAUAAGGCUUUAAAUUAUAUUGCACCUUACAACAAAAAAGCGACAAAAAUCAAUUUGGUGACAUUCUGACAUCAUAAUGUGCGGCUCUUGUUUGCUGUAAAUUUUGUAUAUCUUCCAACAAAGCGUGAAGGAGUACAGAGCUUUGUUGUAUCCAAGAUGGAUCUCCGCACUCAGGUCAAGAAAAUCAGGCAUGUUUGCCAUGACUUUGCUCUCUGCAUUCUUUUUCAACAAAUUAUUACAUCUGCUUUGGUUGGAAUGUUUCUGUUCUCGGUGGAGGCGGGCAACAUCAGCAGCAGUGCUUUUGUACCCAACAAGCUGGAGACCAAGAUACAUAAGACCUAGUUUAGACAGCGCAUUUUGAGCACAGCAAAUUAAAUUCGCUCAAAAAGCUUUAAACCUUGGAGCGCUUUAAACUAUUGCUUGGUUUUAGACAGCAAAUUUUGAAACAAGCGAAUUGACUAUGCAGAUAGUAUAGCAUUGAAUUUGCAAGUUCAGAGGAAAUGUUUCAAGUCUGGUGCAGUUCCUUCAAAAUUUGCCCUUCCUGACCAUAUUGUCCCUAAAGAAAGUAAAAUUAGAAAGCCACCUGCUAGAGGAAUAUCUUUAAAAAAUGUGAUAUUGCCCAAUCACCUUCUAGUGAAACAUCUAUGAAGAAUUGUGAUCGCUCAUAUGGUGCAUCACCCUCUAAGAAAGUAAAGAAACUAUCAAAUAUGAUAUUAAAAAAGAAUAGGCAAAUAAAACGGCUUAAAGCCCAGAGACUUUGCAGAGAAAAAACUAUGCACAGCUUAAUCAAUGAGUUGAAUAAAUAUAAAUAUUUAACAAAUGCAAAUGCUGACCAAAUGCUGAUUCAAAAUUUCAAUGAAAUUGCUCUUGAUCUAUUCAAGAACCAAGCAAAGAAUAGUGAAAAGAAAACUGGUUCAAGAUAUGAUAAGUCCAUAAGAGAAUUUGCUGUCACUUAACAUUUCCGUAGUCCUAGAGGCUAUAGAUAUGUAAAAAAAAACACUUUGUCUGCAAAGUCCAUCAACCAUUUGGAGUUGGGCAGCAAAUAUUGAAGUUGAGCCUGGGUUUCUUUUGAAUGUCAUCAAUUCAUUGGAGCACAUGGUUUCUUCUGAUCAGCGUGACAGUAUUAUCAUCUUAGAUGAGAUAUCAUUAAAAUCACAAACAGUGGUGGAGAGAAAAACUGGUCGGCUCUUUGGUAAUGUUGACUUUGGCUCUAUCCAAGAAAAGAGAAUAUGGCAAUUCAUGUACUUGUAGUAAUGGCAGCAAGCCAAAAAAUGAACUGGCAGUAUCCAAAUGCUCAUUUUUGUACUGCCACAACAGAUUCUGAUAUUCAGGCCCAAAUAAUUACUGUGGGAAUAAACUUUUUAACAGAUCGUGGUUUCAAUUGUCACACAUUAGUCUUUGAUGGAACUUCAACACUUUGGCCACAGCAACAAAGCUAGGUUGCAAAAUAUUUGAAAAUUUUGAUGGUGCUUUUAACCAUCCAUCCAGAGAUGGUGAAAAGGUCCAUGAAAUUUCAGAUGAAUGUCAUAUGCUAAAGCUGGCAAGAAAUGCACUUGCAAAAAAAGGCAUCUUUUACAAUUCAAAUAAAGGGCAAUCCAAAUGGGACUUUAUAACUAAAUUGCAUCAGGUCCAAAUUGAAAAUAUCUUGCAUCGUGGAAACAAACUUCGUGGCCAGCAUAUAAAUUGGCGAAAUCACAUAAUGAAAGUAAAAAUUGCAUCCCAAACUCUCAGCUGUUCUGUUACCUCAGACUUAAAUUUCUUGUAUGCUCUUGGAUUUUCUGGAUUUGAAUUGAAGACAGUGCAGCAACAACUCUUAAAAUAAAUGACCUUUUUGAUCUGCUUAAUAUUUAAAACAAAUUUAGGAAGGGAAAAAAGCAACCAAUAACAUUGGAAAACAUUGAUGAAUUCUCAUCGCAUAUACUGAAAACUAUGUAAAAUCACGAUCCGCUGUAAGUGUCAGGACUAAAAGGCAAAUGGUAUUAUAUAUGAGCACAUUGUGGUUGUUGGUGAAAAAGGAGGCAAUUUAUUUCAAGAAAGCUGCGAAACAAGACAAUGGUGCCUUCAAGAAAAUCUUUUCACAUGUUCCAAAGAGUGCUGGUGACAAACCCUCAAAAAACAGAUGUGGAAAAAAUAAUGUUGAGAAAGCCCCGAUUGUCAGUGUUGUGCAAAGUAUGGAGACUAGGACUCCCCGACAGGGCAUUUUUACCGAUCAUUAUCACAAUGAUAAGAACUUCAAAAUAGUUUUCAUCAGUUUGUACUGAUGCAGUUAUGGUUUUCUAAUGUAUAAAAAACCCAAAAACUUGAACACACCGGUAUUGCAAUGUUUGACAUCGUCGGGUUGAUGCAUAGAAACGGGCAUUGUCAACAAGCCAUUUCGAGCAGGUUUGGCAGAGGAAAGCGAUUCAAACAUACACAAUAUAAUUUCUAAAGAGCUAAAAACUUCUUCAAGGUAAAGCAGGGAAAGCCUUAAUUAGGCCCAGGCCAUGAAUACUUGUCUAGCAAGACAUCAAAAUUGUUACUUUUACAGUUAGAACAAACUGAUAUUUAGACAUUGCAAACAGGGAGUGGGGGUAGGAAUUAGAAUCACUGGCUAAAAGUGGUACAAUUUUGUGAUUCUUGCAUCUAUAUAUAUAUUUUGGCCAUUGUUGUGGUAGGCCUUUGCCUUAAUUGCCAGAAAUAAUAGGCUUUAGACCAUAGAAAUAACUAUGAUGGCAAUUGUUCCACAUGCUUAAUGUAUUUGCAAAGUGCAUCAUUUUAAAAUAACUUCGUGGUCACAAUGGGUAAUGAUGCAGUGCUGCUUAAUACCAUUGGAAUUUGGAUAUACUUUCAUCUUUCACUAUCUUAUUUGAUAUAUGUUAUGUUGUGUUACAGGUGGAUGUGCGAUAAGUGUUCUGUUGGAAAAUUGGCAAGGAGUAUCGCUGCUGUUGGGAAAUUUUAUCAGCUCAUGGAAAGCUCACUUUUGAUGGGAGCAUUGACAGGAUCAAAUGUGUCACUCAGCGUGAUGGCUUUGCCGCACUUACAAACACAACUUUUUUAAAACAAGUAGCACCACUGUUGAAGUGCAGAGAUGGUAAAAGUUACAGAAAAAAGAAAGACAACACAGAAAAUGAGUAAAGCCCAGGUCAAAUGCAUCCAACAUUUCAUCCAACAUUUACUCCCAAAAAAAAAGUUUGUUGAUAUUUUUAAUUGGGUGGUCAAACGCAUCCAAUAUUGCAUCCAAUACGCGAAACCAGAAACUGGAUAAAGAGAAGAGAAGAGCAUGGAUUUUGCAAUAUCAUAAUAAUAAUAAUAUCAUAUUUAUACAGGUUAACUUUGGUCAGCAACAACGUGCUGUUAUCAAUAAAGGACCUGUCUAAAAUAUACAUGGAUUACCGAAAUAAAAAUUAUAUACAUGAUGAAAAUGAAAUCUUAAAAGUCGAAGUUAAAAUUUUUACAAAAAGUCUUAAAUCUUAGAAUUGAAGUUUCACACUUCAUUUCGUCUGUUAGUUUAUUCAAAAUCUUUGCUCCUUGAAAGUAAAAGGCCUUCUUGCCUGCUUCUGAUUGUACUUUGGGCAAAACAAUAUUUUUUGCAUUGGCACGAGUACACUGCCUGUGUUUUACUCUAGUCAAGUAGUUUCAAAAACUGUCCAUGUUCAAUUCACAUCGUUCGUGAGUUGCAUAUCGAGGACUGUGCAGGUUAUAGAAAAAUGAUGGGAAUUGAACAUGGACAGUUUUUAGAAAUUUUAAAUAUGAUAGAGAAAAACAUAACUCCAAAACAGAUACGGUGAUCAGUCCUAUGUCCAGACUGAAAUUAACAUUGAAGUUUUUUUGCAACUGAUAAUACAUACCAAUCGUUGGCCUUCCAAUUUUGUAUCUCUAAGGCCGCAACCUGAUACAUUAUUGACAAAGUUUGCUUUGCCAUCGUGGAUGAAAUGGCACCUGUGUACCUCAAAACACCCCAAAAUGAUAAAGAAUGGAGAAAAAUAGCAACGCAAUUCGAAGAAAAAUGGCAGUUUCCAAAUUGCCUUGGUGCAUUAGAUGGCAAGCACAUAGUCAUGCAGCCACCUCCAGGGGCUGGCUCAAAGUACUAUAACUACAAACACUGUCACUCCAUAGUUCUCCUUGAUGUUGCUUGCCCAAAUUAUGGGUGUCUUUAUGCAGAUGCUGGAAGCAAUGGUAGAGUAUUUUGCUUCCCCCUGAAAAAAUUGAGAGAUUAACAAUGGCAAAAUUGGCCAUUCAUAACUUCUUGAGGCAAAGCAGAUCAUAGAGUGCUUAUUGCCCCCUGGUUUCAUAGACAGCAACCAUUCCAGUUCUGGGGAAAUCAUUCCAUGCCAAUGGCAAAAAGACAUCCCAAAUGAGUCAUUAUUUCACCUUCAAGCUUCUUCCACUGGGAAUAAUCCAAGUAAUAGUGCAAAAGAAGUGAGGGAAUUAUUGAAGAACUAUUUUUGCAAUGAAGGAGCUGUAAGUUGCCAAUGGCGGCAAUGCUAAAACUUGAGACAAUCUGAGAAACUAGACCUCUUAGCUUUUUAAUCUUUGCAUUAAUGCAAACUGUAACUUUGUUGGAGAAAUCUUAAACUGUGUUACCAAGGUUUUGUGAUGAACCUUCUGACAACAAACUAGUUCAUAGGGCGCCAGAACUUUUUUUUGCUGAUUAAUCCAAAUAAACAUCAAUGUCCAAAGAAGAGCAGCACUGCAUUCACAGGCAUCAAAUGUCCUUUUCUUGUUAUCAUUUUUAAAAAUUGCAUACAAAUUUCUUGUUGUUCAAACUGUCAUUUGGUUUGAGAAAUAGCACUAGACAUUAGGAAACUGUAUCCUUAAAACAACAUUUUUUGAAAUUAUUUCUAGUUAGAAACAAUGGUCAUCGACCCUCUCUUGGUACUCAUAGUGCUAAGAAAGUCAAAUCAGUUCAGUUCAUAUAUUUCAAGCAUUGGGAGUGUUGAAUUUCCAGUAACUUGUCUCAUGUAAAUUAUGAUUCCAGAAUAGCUGAAUAAAUAAACUUAUGACAGGUACAGUAUGUUCAGAGUUGCUCUACUUGAAACUACCUCAAGUACUAUUUGUUCUAAGUAUAUUUCCUCAAAUAUAAGGAAAUAUUGUUCAAAUACAGUUUGCCACUGGUAUCUGUGCAAUACCAAGAAAAUCUUUCGCAUUUAGUAGGCAAUUCAGGAGACUUUACUUUAAAUUUUACAUAGUGAUUUCACCAUAAAUAAUAUAAAAUUUUCAAAAUGUUACCCUAUUAGCAAUACUCUGCAUGUACCCAUCAUGAAAUUGAAACAUUCUCUUCUGGAAUCCAAUUUUAGCUAAAGGAUUUAAUUUGGCUUACCAAUUUUGAUCAAUUUUCUUUGCCAAAUUGUCCAUGAGCAAAUUCGGUAGAUAAUUCAUUGGAAUGCCCUUCAUGCAUGUCUGCAACAUGGUCGAAAAAGACUUCCAUUUUGCAACUACUAGCUCUCCAAACCCUUCUUUGGUCCAAACACAUUCUGGAAUACUGUAAGGUCAGGGUAGGCAGGACAGCACUGCACGGAAAGGUAAUGGCAGAUUCCAGGCCUCACAACCUCUAAAUAGAAAUGAGGACUGUAGGGUUUACCAUGUAAAUGUCGUUAGGGGAUCCUUUUCCAAACCAUCUGAGGCAGAUUCUUUGUCUACGUCAGCUACUUUUGUCCCCCUGAUUACUCUGAUUCUCUGUGAAGCUACUGAAUCCUUACUCCUGAAGGCUACCAUAAAUAAUAUCCCGGUUUUCUGUUUAGUGAAGACAGGUGCUCAAAUUACUGUAAUUUGUUAUGACUUAACUUCUGAAGCCCCCUGUUGCUACAUUAAGAUCACAGGGACACAUUAUUGCAAGUGGUAUUGAUAAUAUUUAUUUACAAAGUGAUUCAUAUGAAGGUUGUGUUAAUACUGUGCUAUCUACCUUCAGACAAUUUAAAGACCUUUGUUUUGUCGUACAUCCAGAAAAAUCAGAUCUUUUUUCUAAACAGCAAAUAAAAUAUCUAAGCUUUACUCUUGAUUCAAUAUAUAUGACAAUUCAUUUAUCUGCUGAGCUUAAAACAAAGAUAAAAGAAUUUUUGCAAAAUUUGGAAGGACAUGGUCGUGCUGUAUCUAUUCAUGAUACUGCAAAAGCUAUUGAUUAUAUAGUCUCACGCCUCCCUGCAGUUCCUUUUGGGGGAAUACAUCUUCUAUCACUCAAAAAUGAUAAAAUACAGGCGUAAAAAAUCUCUCUGGGCGAUUUUGAUGCUAUUAUGGCGAUCAGUAAACUUACCCCAUCUGAUAUAGAAUUGUGGCUUUUGAAUUUAGAUGAUAGUUUUAGAUACAUAUCAAGGUCACCCCCGACCCUACUCUAUAUUAAGAUGCUUCACUUUCUGGGUGGGAAGCCGCACUUGACUCCAUUUCCUCUUGGGGUCCAAUGUCCCAAGCAGAAGCCUGAUAUCACAUUAAUGCCUUAAAGCUGCUAGCAGCCUAUUUUGUCCUCAAAAGUUUUCAAACACAGCUUGUAAACAAACACAUUGAAUUAAUGUUUGCAGUUAUUAAUGACAUUGGUACCAAUCAUAGCCAUAAUUGCAGUACCAUGACAAUGAAGAUUUGGAAUCUUUUUUAUGGUAACCAAAUUUGGAUUACUGCUUGUCACAGGUAAAAGCAACUUCUUUUGUGCAACAUAAAAGAGCUAUAUUCUUUGUUCAAGGAUGAUAAAACCUGCUUUAUGUAUUGGGUUUUACAAGUUUGCAUGCUUGAGGCCAAAAUGAUGCAUCCCAGUUGGUCCCAAGGGGACACAUUAUGUGUGUCUGCACUUCUCAUAAAAAUCUGAAGCUUCUUCUUGAUGCUGCAAAUUUAGGACACCAGUACCAUGACCUGAUUGAUAUGGUAGUCUGUGACAGUACUUCCAGAAUAUGCAUGAUUCAUAGAUGUGCACAAUGUCUUACAAUCGAAAAAUGUUGAAGGUUGCUUGUGCAAUAUCUUCACAGAAUCAACAACAUUUGGAGAAGGCAAGGAUGUUGAAGCUGAAGAUGAUUUUACUGAAGAUACAGUCACUUUCCAUCAUUGGACAACUUUGGACAGAGCUGAACUUGUUUCCCAAACUCUUCCAGUUGCUGAUUUUAUUGAUAAGUUGCGUUACCAGCUAGAUCAAAUAACCAGCCAUUCAUUUAUUGCAAAGUCGCAAGCUUCAUAUUUGAAGAGGUAAAACGAACUUUGAAUCAGGAGGAAGUCAUUGUUUUACUAGACUUUGCAGAAAACUUUAAAUUUGUGAUCCAAGAUGAGGUCCAGGGUUAUCAUUAGAACCAGAAGCAAUGAAUAUUACAUCUGGUAGUCAUUUACCACAAAGGAAAUGAUGGAGUUAUUGGAUCAGCAUCAUUAUGCUUUUUAAACGAUGACCUGGUACUUGUAUUUCGUAUAUAAUGUGUUGAAAGCCACUGCACAUCAUAUCAGGGAAAUCAUAUCCACAGACAUAAAGGUUGUCUAUUACUUUUCUGAUGGUUGUGUAGGCCAGUUUAAGAACUGCAAGAACUUGUGCCACCAUAAGGAAGACUUUGCAAUGUAUUGUGAGUGAAAUUUCCUGGCCAGCAGCCAUGGUGAAUCCCCAUGUGAUGGGAUUGGAGGUACGGUUAAAUGUUUCGCUGCUCAAGUCAGCCUACAACAACCAAUGCCAAACCAAAUUAUUUCUCUUGAGGCACUAUUCGAAUUUUGUAAAACAGAAGUCAAAAGAAUCAACUUCUAUUGCAUUACGAAGGAGGACAACAAUUUGACAAGAAAAGAUGUUGAAAAACGCCUAAUAGCUGCAAAAACGAUCCCAGGAACAAGGGGGUAUCAUUUAUGUGGCCAAGGUGCGAUGACAUAUGUUGGGUGACAACAUCAAACAAUCUGAACAACCAUCAGAACAACCAAUUGAUGACUGGAAGGCAAUACACCUUUGAACCAAAUGAUGCUCUUGAAAUAGAACCAUAGACAACAAUGAAGCAUUUUGUAGAUUUUUAUGUAAUUUGUCAAAUAACUGACAGUUUCUUGCAUUUUUAACAAUUGAAACUCAGUGAGUAUGACUUUUUUGAAUUACUUAUUUGUAAGAUGUUGCUUGAAGUUAUGGUAAAUGUUUUCUGGAUGAAAACAUCUAUUUUUCCAUUAUGCUCAGACCACUAACAUAUGCUCAGACAUUAAAAUCAUAUUUACACUAAUGUUCCACACAUUGUUUCCACCUAUGGAGUAAUAUGCUUCGAAAGUGAAGUCAUCGUUGAUUGGCUAAUUGUCAUCAGCCAUAGUUACAAGGUAGCAACUGUCCCGCUUCUCGUGAAAGCCGACAAAACAUUGGAAUAAUUGCAGCACAAUGGCGGAACAACUUGUCAGUUUGUCAGGAUUAGUUACCUUCUUCCGUGAAGAUUCUAAUUGUAUUACGAAAGGUGAACUUAAGUUCAACUCAGGUUUCGUUCUAGACGUCAAGCUUAAAGGUUUUGAAGUGAUUGCGAUAGUGCAUGCCUUGAUGAAAGAUUGUUCGUAUAAGGUGGGCCUAAAUAUCGAUGGAAAGGGUUCAAUACUUUCUGCAACAUGUGUGUGUGCAAGAGGAAACUGGAUUUGUAGUCACAUGGCAGCAGCAGCAAUUCACGUGAAUAAGAAGGGAUUCUCAAAGACUGAUUUGCCUAAUAGCUGAAUUGCGAGAGCCAAAACCGGUCAAAUUAAAGAGUGGGUCAAGACCAUGCUGGAUUUAUUCAAGCUGAGUAAGCCAGCAUAUCGAGCAACUUCUAGGCAUUUUCCAGAGGAAGAUAGACAGUCGUUUUUGCAAGACCUAAUUGUCAAUGAUGUUGAUUGCCCUUUUAGAUGGUUGCUUUCUCCUGAAAUUGACAAUACUUCUGACCCAAGAGCACCACCUCUCAUUGAAGAGCUCUUACCAAUCUUUGCCAGCGACCCGUCGUCAUUUCUUGAAAAGGUUAAAGUUACACAAGAACAACAAGAAUAUGUUGCUGAAAAAACACAAUUGCAGCGAAAAAGUCAGUACUGGGGAAUGUACAGACGCUUGAGGCUUACAGCCAGUAACUUUGGAAUGGUGUUAAAAUCAAUAGAUCGCAAGAAAAAUACAGGCCGUCCUUUCCCUCCCUCACUCUUCAAAUCUCUUAGGGGAAAGUAUAACUUGGAAAGGAAAGACCCAAUAAUUUGGGGCAACAUGCAUGAAGAGAUUGCGUUGAAGGCAUAUAUAGAGAAGACAGGCAAUCAAGUGGUCCAAAGUGGACUGCAGUUGUUUUCUUGUGGCUAUUUGGGAUGCAGUCCAGAUGGGAUAAUUAUCCCCAAGGAAACCAGUGGCUCUCGUGGUGCCUUGGAAAUAAAAUGUCCAUGGAAAUACAAGGACAACACAAUAGAUGAAAUCCUAUCUUUGGAAAAGGCUAAGAAUCCACUUUUGAAGGACUUUUUUUUAACUGAAAAUCUAGAACUUAAUGUGCUACACAAUUAUUGGCAUCAGGUUCAAGCAGAAAUGGCUGUACUUCCUUUAGAAUGGGCUCAUUUUGUUGUUUGGACUUUUAAAGAUUGCCUGAUAACAUACCAAAACUUUCAAAUUUUUACCUACAUGAUCUAUUACCUGCAUGUUACACAAAAGAUGAUUAAUUACAAAUACACACAAACAAUUGUUUCUAAAGUUGGUUUAGUUUAUAAAUACUUUGCAUAAGUAAAAUUGUGAUUCUUCUUGCUUUUUUUCUUUUAUAUUCAUCACACCAGAUAGAAUAGGUGACUGAAGGUUGACAAGUGAACAGCAUACUUGGACAAGUUCAGAUGCUAGUGGUCUCAAAUUUGUUGCUAUCUUGUCAAGGAUCCUGUAAUUGCGAAGUCGCUCAAUUGCCCUUUCAACAUGUAUCCUUGAACGCGAAAUU